AUGCCCUAUUUUGAAAACUCGAGCAACAUCGAUGCUAGCCAUGGGGUUUUCAAUGAUAUUGCAGGCAGUCAGUACAACCACACAACGAACAUCACCAACAUCUAUUCUGCAGGAGUUAAGUCUGAAAAUGAGAGGAUACUAUCAAGGCUGAAGCCAGCCAAUCGUUAUCUUCGUUAUGUGCAGCCAUGCAUGGAAGGCACUCGAGAAGACAUUUUCAAAGAAAUACACCAUUGGCUUGACAAUUCGACUGCGGAGGAAAAUAUCCUUUGGAUCAAAGGUAACCCUGGAGCAGGGAAAUCUGCAGUAGCUUCUAGCUUGUUAUCUCAACUCACUGGGGCGGGUCGGCUUGGUGGAUCCUUCUUCUUCCGUAGAGAUGAUGCCUCGUCCAGCGACCCGACAGCUCUGUGGUGCACAGUAGCGUAUGACCUUGCCCAGUUCGAUACCAACAUAGCAUCUGCCAUUAUCCAGAAUUUGCAGGAUCGACGAGCGGAUCCGCAAAGGCCAGACAUACUGGAUCAUUUCAAUGUUCUCAUCAAAGAGCCUCUGGUGGAUGCUGAGCCCAAGUUCACAAAAGAGCAAGGGUUUAGAUAUCCAGUCAUCGUCAUCGAUGCUUUGGACGAAUGUGGAGAUUCUCGACAGCACCAACGACGCAGAGCUCUAAUUGAUACUCUCGUAAAGUGGUCCAAGCUUCCUAAGACCCUUAGACUGAUUUUCACCAGUCGAGAUGAUCGAGUGCCAGAAUCUUUACGCCAGGUCUGUCAAGUCGUUACCCUUUCCACUGGAGACCAGGUGACCCCUGCUUCGUUAUCGGACGUCCGCAUGUUCUUCGAGAGUCGCUUUGAUCAAUUAAAGAUGGACUUCCCCUCUUUGGAGGAUACUGAUUGGCCUGGAUUACCCAUAAUCCAAAAACUGACGACUCGUGCGGCCGGCCUCUUCAUCUGGGCAGAGACAGCUAUGCGAUUCAUUGAACAGGGUGUUCCUGAGGAUCAACUAGACUCCAUACUAACUGGAGAUGCUAUGAUGGUACAAGACAACAUUGACGGACUUUAUAGUCAAGUAGCUUCGCAUGCUCUUGGAAAUCUCCACAUGAAUGCAACGAGCCAAGCCGUAUUUCAACCAUUGUUAAGUGCAAUCGUUUUCUCAAAAGCGCCAUUGUCGCGCAAGCACCUCAAACAUUUCAUCCUCAUAUCUGUCAAAGAAAGUGCGAUUGACUUCGUUCUGGACAGGUUGAAGUCCGUCAUAUCCACCGCUGAUGAUGGGCUGGUUCGCAUUGGUCAUCUAUCAUUCGCGGAAUUCCUCCUCGAAUCACACCUGUGUCCAGAUCCACUCCGAAUUCAUCCCAAAACGCGGAGCAACAAGAAUUUAGACCUCUUACGAGCAUGCCUGCAGAUCAUGUAUGACCCAAACGAUGGCCUAAAGUUUAAUAUAUGCGGACUCGAGACUUCUUUUGUCCGAAAUCAGGAUGUCCAAGAUUUGGCAGGACGCAUUAAGAAAGAUAUAGGCAUUCAUCUCGCUUAUGCAUGUCGGUUCUGGGGAGAUCAUCUCGUAGACGCUUCACAAUGUCUGUCUGACUGUGAUUGGCUUCCAGAAAUGUUGAGGACGUUAUUUGGAACCCAUUUUCUUCAUUGGUUAGAAGUGAUGACCUUAAUCCAUGACGUGUCCGUUGCUCUCAUGGUAUUGGUCAUCGUAACGCCCCAUCUCAGUGCUAUUACCAUGAAGCUAGAAGAAUUCGCGCGAGAUGCUCGGCGUUUCAUUGCCAAUUUUGAUGAACCUAUCUCGCAAAGUCUACCACACAUCUAUUUGUCUGCUUUACCUUUCGCACCUCAAGACUCCCUUGUAUCUAGGACUUAUCUGCAUCGUUUUAGUAACCUACUGACCGUUACUGGCAAAGACAAGACGUGGCCUCUCGUGAUGAAUGUUUUUACUGGUCAUAACCACAUUGUCAGAUCAGUGGCAUUCUCGCCUGACGGAAAACGACUGGCUUCUGCUUCCAGUGACAAGAGCGUCUGGAUCUGGGAUGCAAAUACCGGUCAAAGAAUGCUAAGUCCACUUCGGGGCCACGAACUAACCGUCCAUUCUGUUGCAUUUUCACCAGACGGUACCCAGUUGGCUUCUGCCUCUGGUGACAAAACCGUCAUUAUUUGGGAUGUAGCAACUGGCGAUAUCAUGAUGCAUCCGUUUCAGGGUCAUACCAAACCAGUCCAAUCUGUUGCUUUUUCACCCGAUGGGAAACUUCUGGCAUCUGGGUCUGAAGACGAGACGAUCAGAGUCUGGGAGGUUGCCACUGGCCAUCUCGUUGUAGACCCACUUCUAGGCCACACUCAUUGUGUCAACUCUGUCGCAUUCUCUCCAGACGGAAAGCAGCUUGUCUCAGCCUGUGCUGAUAAGAUGGUCAGAAUCUACACGACCGAUGAUUGGAAGAUGGGAAAGAUAUUCCGAGGUCACACAGCGGGUGUCAACUGUGCCGCGUUCUCGCCAGAUGGGAAACAGAUAGCUUCUGGCUCGAGUGAUUCCACAAUCAGGAUCUGGAAUAUAGCGACUGGUCAGAUAGUGGCAGGCCCAGAAUUCCGGGGGCGUGAUCAAAUCAUGUCGGUUGCAUUUUCACCAGAUGGGAGGCAAUUAGCCUUUGGUUGUUUCGAUACAACUGUCAGUAUUUGGGAUAUAGCCACUGCUCAGAUAGUGGUUGGACCAUGUCGAGGACACUCUGGAUGGAUCUCUUCGGUUGCGUUCUCGCCGGAUGGAAGACAGGUGGCUUCUGGCUCGAGUGAUGAGACGAUCAGAACCUGGGAUGUUGUUAAUAGGCAAGCGAUGGAAAUCCCAGUGCAAGGUCAUGCAGAAGGGAUCAGUUCUGUUGCGGUUUCACCAGAUGGGGAAUGCCUGGCCUCCGGUUCUACCGAUCAGACUAUUAGGCUAUGGGAUAUGAAGACUGGUCAGAUGACAGGGCCAGGUCCCAUUCACGGGCACACCGACGGUGUGACUUGUAUUAGCUUCUCGCCCGACGGAAAAUAUAUUGCCUCUGGCUCUGACGACACAACAUCUAGGGUGUGGGAUGUGAUGACUGGUCAUAUGGUGGCAGGCCCAUUCCAAGGGCACACGAAAGCAGUCAAGUCGGUUACGUUCUCACCUGAUGGCAAGUCCUUGGUUUCUGCUUCUGGGAAUAAGGAUAUCAGGAUGUGGGAUGUAGCGACUGGCGAGAUGAUGGUGGGGCCAUUCAAAGGACAUCGAAAAGCGGUCCAUACUGUUACGUUCUCACCGGAUGGAAAUCAGCUAGCCUCUGGCUCUAUGGACGAGACGAUCAUAAUAUGGGACGUGGCGGCUGUUCAGAUGGCCAUGGACCCAUUAAAAGGCCACACAGAAGCCAUCAACUCGGUCGUAUUCUCACCAGACGGAAAGCGGCUCAUAUCUGGUUCUGAUGAUAAAACAAUCAGAGUCUGGGACGUCGCCACUGGUAACACAGUCGCAGGACCGUUUCGGGGGCAUACGAAAUGGGUCAGUUCCGUCGCGGUGUCACCAGAUGGAAAACAGGUGGCAUCUGGGUCUGGGGAUCAGACGAUGAGGAUUUGGGAUGUGGCUACUGGACGGAUGACGAGGGCUGGGCCGUUUCACGGCCACACCCAUGCUAUCACCUCCGUUACGUUCCUGUCGGGAGGAAAACAUGUUGCAUCGGGGUCGCGCGAUAAGACGGUCAGAAUAUGGAAUUGCCAUUCCGAUAUCCAGCCCUACGACGAACUGGGCUCGCCAUCGUCUUCAGGCUGGGUUUCCUUCACUUCAAGCUGUGAUCCCAACUCCAAAUUCACCCGAAUGGGAAAGAAGUUGCUGUAUUGGGUGCCCCUUGCGCAUAGACAGAGCUGGUGUGAUUUUCGUACGAGGAGACUUGUGGGGGCGUCGACGUCGCCGAUCAGAGUGUCUUUUGAACGGUUUGUGCACGGCUCUGGGUGGGCGGCGUGUCGAGAACUGAGUUCAGCGAGACACGGAGACUCGAUCGCUGAUGAACGCGGAGGUCGCUUUCUGUCUUCAUCACAAACUAUAACCCAUACGUUCACAUCAGCUAAAAAACAUACAAGGCUCAGGUUUGAAGAAAAACCAGAUGUACACCUGCAUCGCAGUCACGCUACCAGUGGGUCUAAACGGCUCGGACACCCGCCGCCGCCUCGACUCCUCCAGUGCUAUUCCACACCAUCCAUCUCAGUGAAUAGCGUGACGGCUCACGCGAGCCGGACAUCAUCUGCGCUUAUAUCUCUACGAGCGCCUGCCAAUGCCAAUGGCUCGGGACAGGAGACUAAGUGUAGAGUCCGAGUCCGUCACGGUAGAGACCUAGCUGGCAGAGUCGACGAUCUCAAACACUUGGGCUUGUCUUUCAUUCGAUAG